UCGAGCUGCUUUGUUUUUCUUUAUUUUAUGUACUUCUAAUCUUUUUCCUUUCUCUGUUUUCUCUUAUGGUUUUUCAAAGUUCUACUACCUUUAAAAGACGACUCUGUUAGAAUCAAAAAGUGAUAAAAACCAAGCUGUUCUGCUUCUGGGUUUUGUUCUAUUCUUCUUUGAACCCAAGUUGUUAAAUUCUUUUUCUUAUUGGUUUUGAGGAGCCCUUCGUUUUGUACCUCUGGGGUGAUGUUCAGAGUUUCAUCGAAUAUGAAGGCCUCCAACCGUCUUUCUCUGCCGGCAGAUACAAGAAGUAGGAGAUCAUGCUUUUGCACUUUCCUUCCUACAGUUUCUUUGCUUUGUUUAGUUUUCUUCAUAGGGAGUGUAUUUGUCGUGACAGAUCAUACAGAGAGGUUUGCAAGAUGGGGUAUGGUUGAUAAUGUGCUGAUGGCAGAAACUAUUACAUGCGAGAAUCAAUGCAGGCCUGAAGGCAGUGAGGCAUUACCUAAGGGGAUUGUUUCCAGGACCUCUAACUUGGAUAUGCAACAAUUAUGGGGUUUGCCGCCUAAGAAAAGGGUACGUGAAAACACUCAGAGUAGUCCUUUUUUUUUUCGGUACAACACUCAGAAUAGUCUUGAUGGUUGGUAGAAUGAAAACUUUCAA